CACACGCGUCCCGCGCCGGACAGCGAACAUCCGACAGUCGCGCGCAAGCUGGCGUUGUGUUACGUUGUGAAAUGUGAUACGCUACAGUCUUGCUGGGGUUUAAUUUCCCUCCCUUACCCCCUCUCCCAACUUGCGUUUCGCGAUUAGGUUUCGUGCGUGCGUUCGAAAAAAAAAAAAAAUUCAGCCAGUGUUAUUUUGUGUGUGCUUUUAACAUGGUGUUUGUUGCGACCUAUUGAAACUAGGCGGUGUUUUAAAGUGUUUUAUGAUACUUAAAAAGGUGUAGCAAGUUUCAUCGACAUGGUGGAUAACAACACUGUCAUCGAAGGAACAGUGAAAUUCAGGGAUGGCAAAAAGUGGAAGUCGCGAUGGUGCGUCAUGAGGAAGCUGUCGCCUGUGGCAGACUGCCUGCACCUGCAGCUGUACCGGGACAGCAAGGACCGCUACAAGCAGGGCCAGACCAAGGCGUCCCUCUCGCUGCAGCACUUCCUGGGCGUGGAGUCGGGGUUCACGCUGGACAAGGAGUCCAACACCAUUGCCAUAAUCUGCCAAGACGUGACGGUCAUCCUGGCGUUCGACAGCAGGGAGAGGCUGAUCCAGUGGCAAGUGAAGAUCUCCAACAACCUGGGGGAAGACCAGCAGUUCCUGAUCCAGGUGUCGUCGGCGCCGCCCAGGGCGAAGCUGGCCUCUGGCCCGGCCAGGCUGCACGUGCGCGACCAGCGCUUCUGCGUCACGGUGGGCGUGCCGCCCCGACUCGUCGGCUUCUGGGAGAUCGGCCAGCUCAGGCGCUACGGCGUGGUGGAAGGUCGGUUCUGCUUCGAGGGCGGCUCGCGCUGCGGCCGCGGCGAGGGUCUGCACGUGUGCGUGACGGACCAGGGCGAGGAGAUCACGCACACCUUCCAGCUGGCGGCGCAGGGCAGGCUGGCCGCGCGCCGCAAGCCCGUCGUCCGCAAGACGUCCGCCAUGGACAGCCCGCGCAAGCAGCUGCACUCGCGCGCGGAGGUGCGCAUCUCGGACCUGAGCUGCGCGGAAUCGCUGCAGCAGCAGCAGCAGCAGCAGCAGCAGCAGCAGCAGCAACAGCAGCAGCACCUGCGCCAGGCGCCCGGAGACCUCACGCGCAGCCUCUACGCCGAGGAGGCGGGCUGCUGCUGCUCCAUGACGGACAGCAUGCUGGAGUCCUCGCGCCGCCUCAGCUCCGAGGACCUGCUCUGCCCGUGCAGGGUGCACAGCGGCUCGCCCUUCUGGUCGUCGGCAGAGUCGUCGGGGCACCAGCACACCGACCUGGACAGCAACUACGGCUGCGGCGACACGUCCUCGGUGAGCGACAUGGCCGACGCCCACUACCACCACGACCACGGCUGGGGCGACUGCGAGCGCCGACCCGGCCCCGCCUCCCUCGAGCGCUGCGCCAGCUGCAUCGGCAAGCUGGGCGCGCCCUCCAUGUCGCGCUCGUCCACCGCCACCAACACCAACACCCCCAACACGCCCUUCAGCCCCGCCUGGACCAUGGAGGGCCUGCCGCCGAGCUGCGGCCACCCGGCCCGGGCCGCCGGCGACCGCGCGUCGCUGUCCUCGCACGGCAGCGGCGGGCAGUCGGAGCCGCAGCCCGAGCCCUGCUGGUACGACCGGCCGCGCCCCGCGCCGCCCGUGGUGCCCGUGGUGCCGCCCAAGAGCGCGAGGCCACACCCCACCUCGCUGCCCGUGGUGUGCCGCUGCUGCCCGCCCGCGCGCCCGCCCAAGCCGCCCUCGCUCUCCCACGACUCCCCCACCAAGAAGCGCGCCAAGAAGCCGCCCAUGCCGCUGCCCCCGGCGCCGCCCCUGCCCGGCCGCUGGCCGCCCCUGUGCGCGUGCCACCGCCCGCCCCCACCACAGCCACUGCCCGAGCCGGGCUUCGGGGUCGGCCCCUACGAGAACUACGACGUGCCCAAGGCUGUCCUCGGCCGGGAUCACAACAAAGAACAGAGUAGGAUGAUGCCGCAGACGAAUGAAGAAUAUUACGAUACACCUAAGAGCCUUAAGGAAUGUCUGGUUGCAUCUGGUUGCGACAUGGCUGCGAACUCUCCGUAUGGAAACUACGACACUCCGCCCACCACAGUGAUGAUGAAGAAACCAUGUGGCUGUGUGGUCAAGUAUUCCAAAAAGACGAUGGUGCUAGACACUGCCAGGGUGAUAGUCGAUGCAGAGGAGAGGACGAGUUCUGCCGCGGACUGCCCGUGUCGGAGGGUGAUGUGUUGGGCAGAGAACUUCAUGAUGAUCCCGUACUGCCGUCGGGGUAACGGCAUGGAGAACACCGGAGUGCCGAUUCAAAAGGUCAAGCUGAGCGGAGAGGGCAAGAUGCCUGUCAUGAACUCCAAGGGGGAGAUAGCCAUUUACGCAACCAUAGACAAGUCCAAGAAGACCAACCGAAGACAACAGUUGGAGCAUGAAAAGAAUUGUUCUCUUGCUGCUGGUGCUGGUUGUGAAUCGCAACUGAAAACCGAGACGUCGGUAGACACCACAAACUACGUUAAUGUUGCACCUUGUGGUGAUGAUCAGUGUCCAGAAACCAGGGUGAACGAUGCAGACAACAUACCACCUGACAUGGGCAGUGAAACUUACGGACUGAACUACGAGAAUAUAGAAUUUGCUCAGUCUCUAGAAUAUUAUGAGAACUCUAGGGAUGUACUCAGUAGGGCAGGCAUUAUACCAAGAGAUCAAGAACAUGUUAAUGAACUGGAAAAUUUGCCAGAAGGUACAGCAGAGGACGUAGAGGGCUCUGUAACAUACACUCUGUGUAAUGGAGUUAAAUUCUGCAACAAAUGUGGCCAUGCCUGCCACUACUUCCCCAACGAACAGCCUCCCGAACCUGAUGCUAAUCAAGGUAGCACAUCUCAGGCUGCUGAUGUCGUCAACACCAAACAAGAUGACUACCUCAUGAUGGAGCCUGGAAAGAAUAUUGGUGCAGACAAAGCGAGAGAGGCUGAUCCUGCUAAAGCCCACAGUGGAAACUUCCCUGGGUACCUGCCCAUGUCGCCAAUCACCAAUGCGGGCAACAAAGCGGAGGUGCUUAAGAUUAUGUCUAAAAGCCUGACAACAGAAAAAUCUGCAAGUUCUCCCAGCUUGACUGUGCCAUCUGGUGACAGAAGCCGGAAGAGAAGCAAUUCAGAGUUUCCUAGAAUUCCUGGUUCGGCGAUGAUGAUGAAUCACUCUGCCAACAGUCCCUACAUGCGAAGAAUGCUGUUUGAAUCCAGUGAAGAAAGCAGGAGGGAAUAUUUGAUGAGUAGGAAAAGAUCUAGUUCGGCAGAUUCUUCACGUUAUCUAGACGAUUUUGAAGAUGUUGAGAAUGCGAGUGUAACUGAGGAUAGUGUUGCUUCGAGCCAUGAGACGAAUAACAUUUCUCAAGACUUGGGGCAUGUCAUUACCUCAGAUGAACCUGAUACCAAAAUAAUCACGGAAUCAAAGAGUGUAGAAAAAUCCCACUGUAUUCACCCAGUUGUAGUCCAGCAGUCGGAUAAAAAAUUGAUUGUUGAAGAUACGUGUCCUCAAGAAGUUGUUAAUCCUCCAGAAGACCUAGUGUCGAGUGCUACAGAUAGGACUUUAAGCAGUGACUGUGUAGAUGGAGACGUUCAACAACAGCACGGUUUCAAAACACAGUCUGCAAUCCACAUCCGACGAUCAUCUAGUGUUCCUUGCAAGUCUGGAAACAAUAGAGAUUCGUCUAGUUCCAAUGACUCUGGUGUUUCAACAGAUUCCCUCAGGCACAGGGGUGCUGAUUUUGUAGAGUUUGAGUUGCCCUUGACCACUGCCAUGUCUGCGAGAAGACACUAUCACGCUGUCUCGCGGAACUCUAACUCCCUAGGUAACUGUCUGCAUGCCUCUCUCCCGAGGAGAUCCAAGUCGGUAGACCCUCUGCGAGAGCUCAGCUUCCAGUUCCAGAAGAUCAAGAUCCCCGCAAAGUCUUCUUCCGCAGAAGCAGAGGUUCCAAUAUGCCCUACUAAAGGAUCAAAAGGCUUCGCGAGCCCGGGAGCCGACGGCGCCGUGAUAGUGCCGUACAUCGACUCUCGCAGCACCAGCAGUGGCACCUCCGACAUGUCUGACUACAUCGAGACACUGUCGCUGUCCUCGCACAGCUCUUCCGACACGCCUGGCGACAGCCUCAGGUUGGGUCGCCCUGCCACAACCACUCUGAGGCCGCGGUCAGGGAAGGAGUACCAGUUGAUAGACAGAUCAGUGCUGGAGUCUGAUGUGAAGACCGGCGAGCGGGCGUCGAGCCAGCUGCGCAGUCUGUCCCAGUACGCCAACAUAACCCCGCUACUGGAGAAGUGCGAGUCCCCGUCACCCGGCUACAUGAGCGGCUCUCCCGGCCAGGAGAGGGAGGGACAGCCGCUGGGUGCUGACUGAGUGGCUCACGCCCACGAUAUUACCACGCUCUCUGUCCACUCAAACUGCUGAUGUGCAUUUGCUGGAGACGUCUCGACGAGAAGCAAAAACCAACGAAUAACAGACUGUUCAUGUUCUGUGAACAAUGGUCCCCUGGAAAUAAUUAAUUUUUAACUUAAAAAGACAAAACUGUAAUAAUUCAUCAUUACACAAUCAUUGAAAAUAUAACUUGCCAAACAUGUCAAUAUUUCCAGGCACAAGUUAUCCAUGCUUUUUUUUUUCUUGCACAGCUAUAAUACAUCAAUUUACUCAGUGUCAGUGACUGUAAUAGAAGUUAUAAAGAAUACACAGGAUUGUAUUUCAUACAAUCUUUUGAAAUUCUAACUGCAUCAACAUCAUCAAAAAAAUUUCAAAUGGAUUUCAAAUCUUUUUAAAAUAUAUAUUUCACUGCCAGUGAACCCUGCCAAAACAAUAAAAUAAAACUUUAUGCAGAAAUACUUUCUAAUUAGAAAUUGUGAUCAACUAUUUAUGUACAUUAUGUGAAAAACACUAUUUAUUCUUCUUUUCUCAAUCCAACUUAUUCACUUCAAAAAAAUAAGUACCUAUAUAAAAGUAACCUGAAAUGAAUGUGUGAGCUAACUCGUAAACACAGUUUAAAAGUAUAUACAAACUUUUGCCAAAUAAUGUUUUUUAUCAGUUACAUAAUUUGAUUUAUGGACUGUUCUAUGAGAGUGGGCUUGUAAAAAAAAAAAGGAACAAAUUAUUUUGUUCCAUAUUUUCACAAGCCAUAGGUCAUAAAUUUUCCUGAUAAAUGUAUGUGAGCAUACAUUAAUAAUAAAUCUGCUGAAAUAAAUCUCUUUAAAUUUUAAUACAUGAUCUUGUAUUUAAAUGUUACAUUCAUUAUUAAAGUGAGUGCAUCAAAGUGAAAUAAAAUUUUAUAUGGCAAUUACCUUUAUGUAGUAGAAAAUGUUUAUCUUUUUCUCUUAACACACAAAAUUGCCAGGGUCAUUAUUUGUCCUAAAAAUAUUUUAGGAACAAUUUAAAACCUUAACUGGUCAAGUGAUAUUUUGGAUCUAAAAAAUGCAUUUUGAAUCAACAUAUCCAUCUUCAUAUUAGAUAACAAAUAGAUACAAAUUUUUCUUUGGGUGGCUUAAAUAAUUUUCAAUGUUGUAAUGUGUACGUAACAAAGACAUUCCAAUGCAGGUAAAAUAUCCAUCCUUUAAAAUGUAAAAUGAAAUAUUUUGUAGGCCUACUUGAUUGAAGUGAACAAAGAACCUCUGAAUGGAAUUUUGUUCACCAGACUGACAUUGCUAAAUGUAUAUGAAACUUAAGGUUAUUGUAAAUGAAAUAAGUUUUGAAUUGCUCAUAAUCUUUUACAGGAAACUUUUUUAGAAAUGUGUAUAUUUUAUCAGAAUGGUAAAGAGAGUAAUUUAAUUUAAAUUUUUAAAAAAUAAAUCUGGUAGUGUUUGUUUCUGAAAUUGUGUAUAAAUGACUGAUAGUGAUAUUAGGUACAAUUUCAUAGGGAUUUGUGAUUUAGUGAAUUUUGUAAUGUAUAAUGAAGUAAGGUACUAAAGAUUGCUCACAAUGAGACACAAUUAUGGAGACAUUCUCUGAUAGAGCUUAUACUGUUUAUGAACAUGAAGUGUUAAAUUAUUUGGCAUAAAUUAAUAUUUUUUGUCUAUAUACAGUAGAAAUUUGUUGCUUUGUAAUUAGAGAACUGUAGUAAUAAUUUCUUAUUAUGUAUAUGUAAAAAUUCUUAAAAUUUUGGAUAUACUUUUCCCUGCAAUUUCUGGAAAUUUCAGUGCACAUUGCCUAUGUAUCAGUUUUAGAACAAUAUUAUAUUUAUGUGUGUGUACUUGGGUUGAGAAUAUAGUAAAUAUUUUCUAACAAUAUAUUGUAAAUUACUCUUGUUCUGGUGGCUAUGUAUUUUAAUUUAUAUGUGAUAGGUUUGCAUAACCGAUAUUUGUGCUAGUCACGUUGUUUUGAUGGUGGAUUUUGUUGUAUGCAUAAGGGUGAUUAUUUUUUUGUUGUAUUUGCAACUAAUAUACACAAUAUAAUCAUGUAAGAAUAAGUGAUAGUGAGGUGUGAGAAUAACAUUUAGUCAUGUAAUUUACAGUGAAUUAGAGUUCCUCAUAUGAAAAUAUAUUGUUUGCAUUAUAAUGUAUACCCUUCCCUGUCAAGAACUUGUGUGUAUGAUAUAAUAGCAGUCUGACAUUUACCUGUCAUUAUUAUUAUUAUUGAUGUUAGUAUUAAAAGCAGCAUUUUGUAGAGUCGGCUGUUUCUCUCGAAGUGCAAAAUAUGUAAAACUUUGUAAAGAUGUACAUGAAGUUUUUCUUUGUGAAACUGAAAAUUGUGUAAUAUUUGCGAGGAUAAAGCCAAUGCAGAUUUUUCUCCAUUGCUAUCCAGUCUACAAAAUAAAUCAUAAUGCCAA